AUGGCCAUACGUUUAGGACACGCACCUUCUAAGAUAUGGGGUUCUGAUGGGCCACUGAUUAGGGUAGAAGUUGUCACUAGCAUCUAUAAUGUAGGACAAAAUAUUUUAACGCACAAAUCCAACGAGAGAGUAAAUGCAGCAAGCAUCUUCUAUUCGCCCACACGCUUCGCAUUGGCUUUGCUAUCUCGAAAGGGAAAACGAGAAAGCAACCGUCAAUUCUGGGAAUUGAAGUCAUCUAACAGCAGCCAGUCCUUAUCAUCUAACAAUAUACGUGACCUCAAUAUCCUCGCAAUAAUGGUUUUGAUGGAGCUGAAGUUCCGACAUACACCAGCCAUUUUGGACACCCCUAAACCUAAUCCCAUCCUAUUUUGGUUUCUUGGUCGUCAGUCGUGA